UCUAUUUCUUUUCACUUCUUAAUGUUUACACGGACUUGCAGCUUCUUUGCCACCGAGAUUCGUUAGAAAUCGGAACCGAACGGGCCGUUUUCUCCCCGGUUCGGUUAUGAACUGAGCUCCUCCGACCCGGGCAGCUGUUGGCCGACUUUAGGACCAUGCAGGCUUUGAGCUCCUCUGCAGUCCUGCAGCUUUUUGGCUUCCUGAUUGGACUGAGCAGCUCCCUGGACCCCAGAGACCCCAACGUGUGCAGCCUGUGGGAGAGCUACACCACCUCGGUGAAGGAGUCCUACUCUCACCCCUACGACCAUGUGACGGAGGAGCCGUGCUCAGACCCCCGGACCUCUUUCCGAUGCUCCCGUCACAGGAUCACCUAUAAAACGGCGUACAGGCAGGCGGUGAAGACCGAGUACCGCAGGCGGUACCACUGCUGUCCAGGCUACUAUGAGAGCGGAGGCCGAUGUGUUCCUCACUGCAGCCAGGAGUGCGUCCACGGCCGCUGCGUCGCUCCCAACCGCUGCCAGUGUGAGAAAGGAUGGCGAGGCGACGACUGCUCCAGCUCCUGCGACGACAGACACUGGGGUCCAAACUGCCGCAAGGAGUGCAAGUGUGAGAACGGCGCGCUCUGCGACCCGGUCCGGGGCGUCUGCCAGUGUCCGCCCGGGUUCAUCGGACGCCUCUGCGAGGACUCGUGUCCGGCCGGGACCUUUGGGAAGGGCUGCCAGCAGAAGUGCAAGUGUGGCAACGGAGGAUCCUGCAACAAAGCAACAGGAGAAUGCACCUGUCAGAAGGGAUUCACCGGGACUUUCUGUGCGAAGACGUGUAAAGGCUCAUGCCAGCCGAGAUGCCCCUGCCAGAACGAGGGCCGCUGUAAGGGCAACGGGGUCUGCGCCUGUCUGGCUGGAUGGACGGGUGCGAUCUGCACGGAGCAAUGUCCAGAGGGACGGUUUGGGAAGAACUGCUCAGAGGAGUGUGUUUGCCACAACGACGCUAAAUGUGAGCCCUUAACUGGACGCUGCCAAUGUAGAGAAGGUUUCACUGGCAACAGGUGUAAUGAGGAGUGCCCUGCAGGUACCUACGGCCAGGACUGUAAAGGUGUGUGCAACUGUGCAAACGGCGCGCGCUGCUUCAACAUCGACGGCAGCUGCUUUUGUGAGCCCGGAUUCAGCGGGCCGCAGUGCAGGAACCGGAUGUGUGCGCCUGGGAACUACGGCAUGCACUGCGAGCACAAAUGUCUCUGUGAGGAGAAACACACUCUGAGCUGCCAUCCGAUGAAAGGCGAAUGCACCUGCCAGCCGGGCUGGGCGGGUCUGUUCUGCAACGAGACGUGUCCUCACGGUUUCUACGGCGACGGCUGCAUGGAGCCGUGUCUGUGUGUGAACGGAGGCGUGUGUGACAGCGCCACGGGACGAUGCCACUGCUCCCCCGGAUUCACGGGCGUUCACUGCGAGAGUCCCUGUAAAAGCGGCGUCUACGGGAAGAACUGCUCCCUGGAAUGCUCCUGUGAAAACUUUAUCGACUGCUCACCGGUCGACGGCACGUGCUUCUGCAAAGAGGGCUGGCAAGGCCCAGACUGCUCCGUCCCCUGCGCUGACGGCACCUGGGGCCCUGGGUGCAACGCCACCUGCCGCUGUACCAACGGGGCCAAAUGUGACCCGGCAGACGGAUCGUGCAAAUGCUCAGCUGGAUGGCAGGGGGCGCUCUGUGACCAGCCCUGUGGCAUGGGCUCGUUCGGGCCGGGCUGCCUGAAGAGGUGCGACUGUAUCCACAGCAGCGGUUGCCAGGCGACCAGCGGGGAGUGCCACUGUCUGCCAGGUUGGACGGGGCCACACUGCAGCGAUCCGUGUCCGGAGGGCCUGUGGGGCCCCCACUGCAACCGCUCCUGCUCGGACCACUGUCCCAACAGCGACACGUGUCUGAGGAAAACCGGGGAGUGUGUGUGCCGGCCGGGCUACUGGGGCGCCGCCUGCCAGAACAAUUCCUCUGAGCGGGUGGGCAGCGUCAUGGUCCCUCUGCCCCCGGGGGAGAGGGAGUCGUGGGGCGCCAUCGGCGGCAUCGUGGUGCUGGUCCUGCUGGUGGUGAUGCUGCUGGCUCUGCUGCUGCUCUACCGGCGCCGGCAGAAGGAUAAGCAGAACCACACGCCCACCGUCUCCUUCUCCACCAGCCGCACCGUCAACUCCGAAUACGCCGUCCCAGAUGUUCCCCACAGCUACCAUCAUUACUACUCCAACCCCAGCUACCACACGCUGAGCCAGAACCGGCCGCCGCUGCCGCACCUCCCCAACAACCACGACCGCGUCAUCAAGAACACCAACAACCAGCUGUUCCACAGCGUGAAGAACGCAGCCAGGGAGCGGCGCGGCCUGUUCGGGGUCGAGACCAACGCCACUCUGCCUGCAGACUGGAAGCAUCACGAGACCCGCAAAGGUUCAGGAGCGUUUGGCAUCGACCGGAGCUACAGCUACAGCGCCAGCCUCGGAAAAUAUUACAACAAAGAGCUGAAGGACUUGGUGGCGGCGAGCAGCAGCUCUCUGAACAGCGAGAACCCGUACGCCACCAUCAAGGACCUGCCCGGCCCGCCGUUCUGCCCCCCGGAGAGCAGCUACAUGGAGAUGAAGGCGGCCGUGCCGCGGGAGCGAGCGUACACCGAGAUCAGCCCGCCGCCGUUCAGCAUGGCCACGCUGCGCAGAGAGCGGCAGAGCUCCCUGGGUCACGGCCCUCAUGACGACCCCCAGAGCCACUACGACCUCCCUGUGAACAGCCACAUCCCGGGACACUACGACCUGCCUCCGGUGCGCCGGCCGCCCUCGCCGCGCAGAACGCUGCAGUGAGAGGCGCCGCGGGGUCACCAAACUCCCUUUGGGCUGAUGGACAAGAACAGACUGUUUGUUCUUCACCUACAAACUCAGUAAGGUCCUGUUUGAGGGCAGCACUGCCCCCCUGUGGCCAUCAGAUGGUACUGCUCCCACCAGGACUGAAGAACCAGGAAACCAGGAGCUUUACUGCAACGUGAUUUCAUCUUUCAGUUUUCUCUUCUGACUUCAUUGAAGUAGAAAACAUUAUAAACCAAAAUAAGAAAAAUGCAGCCGGCAGCUUCUCAAAAACACUAAAGAUUCUGAAUACGUCAUGAAAGCCAAAGAAAAGCUUCGAUCUCCAGGAUUAUUGGGAAAACUUUGUACAUAUGGAAGUAAAUAUAGUGUCACCACAAGGAACAUUGUACAUAAACAAACAGCUCUCCGGAUUUACAAAUCAUGGUUAUUUGGUGUCAUGCAGUAUUUAAAGCUGGAGUAUGUAACAGAUAUGAAAAAUAUUUUAUUUUACAUAUUUGUUAAAACUGUCAUGAGUUUGAUUUGAGACAGAUAAUCUGAAGGCAGAGGAGUUCAGUUUUUUUCAUGGUGUCACUACUUAGCGACAGUUUCAAUAAAUAUUAAAAUGUAUAUAUUUUUUGUAUAAGUUACAUACAGAAACCUUAAUAAUACAUUUUAAAUGUCAAAGCUCAGUAAGGAUAUUUUCAUACAGUCUGGUAGAUUUGAUUCAAUUUGGUAACAGAAUUUGAAACAUUUGUUACAUUUUCAGCUGCUUUUUACUUCCACUGCACUGUGUUGAAGAAACCAAACCCUCUACAAACCUCACAAACAUAAACAGAGUCUAUGCUAGCACUAGACUCUGUUUAUGUUUGUUAUGGUUGUAUUUACCCAGAAUCCCCUGCGCCGUAGUUCACUUCCUGCUUUUGUCCACUUGUCAUUCACAUAUACAUCUGAACCAGAAUUCAAUUCAACAUGGAUUUUAGAGUUCAUUACAGAUUCACACCUCACUAAUCAAACUGGACUUUCAAGGCAAACAGUUUGUUGGUUUUGGUUUCUCAAACCUUUCUGGAGAACAAACCCCAAACAAACCCCUCUGACUUUCUCAACUCGAGUCAACGUUUUACUGUUGGAGUUAUGAGCCUUGUGAUCAUUCAUCAUGCUGGAUAAUCGCCAAACUCUUGAUGGUUUGAUUUUGAAGAAGUUGCUCGACCUUUAACUUUUGAUCCAACUCAAUCUUGGGAGAACGUCUUCUGAGAAGAACCAAACAUGGAUUGCAGACAUCAACUUCUCCACCCUGUACAGCUCAUUUUCAGAAUCUCUUCUGCCCUCAACGGACCAGAAACAGAAGUUUUCACCCAUCUGUCUGCAGAUCUGCUGAGCAAGCUCUGCACUGGUGGCAACAUGAAUGACUCUACAGCAGCUUCCAGAGGAUUCUUUGCAGCUCAACUUGAACUUCUUGAGGAUCCAGAAACUUUCCUCCAGCUGCAGAGUUGUUAUCACUGUUGUAAUGACAACAGAAAUAAACGAUAAACACGUCAGCAAUCCGCUAAUUAGAUGCACAAGUUUCCAGCUGGAGUCUUCCUGAAUGGAGUUUGAUUAACUUCGUGUCAAGUGAAAAUAGUUUUAUUAAACGUUUUGCAAUUACAAGAUAUUUUCUCAACCUGAAGCUGUAAAGGUCACAGAUUAGAGCCCGGAGUUUUUCCUGCACCAUUAAAUGUUUAAUGUCAUUUCUCAACAAAUUAACUUCCUUCAGGUUCAUAACUGACGAAUAUUACAGAGCAGGUCUGUUACCUACAGUCUUCGGUUAAAUAAACUGUUUUUGUAAAAGAGUUCACAGUUCAAAUAUUUUACUGACUCAAACGGUUGGGAGAAAUGUACAAAAACAGACUUUUAAAAACUUCACAUUCCUCCUUUUUUCAUAAAUGACUUAACAUUCUCAGAGCAGUCAAACCUUUUCAGGAUUUUAACAUUUAAAUGCUGUUUCAAACUUUAUUAGUUACAAAAAAAUAAAUAAAUAAAAAGCCCUGAAUGUCAAAUUAGCAACAAAAUACAUCUGACUGCAUUAUAUAAUUAUAACUAUUGAUUUCCAUCAUUACAGAAAUCUCUACAGUCACUGCAAAAAUAAAAUGUUAAAGUAUUUAUGUUUAGUUUCUACUCCAAAUAACUUAGUACACUUGAAUUAAGACAAAUAGUGACUUUUCAGCAACAGGCUUGUUUCAAUUCUUCAAUGUAGAUGCAGAAAUAUUAAAUUGUUUCACUUAAAAUGGGAAAAACGUGUUGAGUGAAAAAAAAUGCCAGUGGAAUUAAUACUUUAUUUUGAAAAAUUGACUUAAAACAACUUCCUGUAUGCGGCUGGAAAAAUUAAAGUUGAUUUUAUUUCAUGUGACAAACUGGAACCAAAAUCCUGAAGAUUCUGUUUUUGCAGUGAAGUUUAAGAAAUCAUUUUUGUCAGUGUUGCAUUUUGAAGUAGUGACAUCAGAAAUAAAGUUUCUGCCUUUCUGCGGUGAUCAUGGAGACGUGACCACCAGGGGGCGCCAAACGUUUGUGAAUAUUCAUUAUUUCAUAGUUUUCCAUAGAGCAGAUCUUCAGUUAAAAACAGUUUCUCUGAUUCCACCUGAAUGUAUUUUGUGUUGUAAAUAUUUUUAAACAUGUAAUCUUGUAUUUCUGAAUGUAACUGUGGGUACAUAGAAGUGUUUGUAUGAUACAAAUAAAAUUGUUUGCACUUUU